AUGAAAUAUUUGCACGAAUUCAUUUAUAAGAUGAAGAUGGAUAAGAAAUUUGAGGCUUCGAGGGCAGAAUUCUUUAUGGGUUUGAGGGAGAAGGAGGCUUUUGCUUACAAGCAUAGAUAUGAUGCUAGGAUAUGGGAACAGAGAGUAUCAAGUGAACAAUUAAUUGACCUUGAACAGGUUACAGCUUCUGGAGAUCAAUAUGGAAAGAAGUAUAAUCCCAUGGAUCACAAUUAUAACAGUUCGUCUCAGUCUCCAACAGAAAUGCAGAGUUGUUGCACACCUGGUUCUUCAUUAAGGAGUGCCGUCUGGGUUGGGAGUACUAAUGCCACCUCUCAGCCACCUGUUAUUGAAAACAGCAUUACUACUGAAAAGUGUACUCCUCAAAUUGCAGUUCAAUCUGAUAAGUCAUGGAAAAGAUCCUCUACACAUGUCUACAUAAGCCGUCUGAUUAAGGUCUUGCAGAUGCCGAAGAAUAAAGAAGGGUCAUCCAAGAAGGCCCCAGCCACAGUCGAGCACGAUAUCUUUUUAAAUGAGAGGAUUAUCGAAGAUGCAAAAGUGGGUUUCUAUGACUUCUUAUCAUUGGACACUAAAUAUCGCAGUUCAUAUACGAGUGCGGACAUAAACCGAGAAGGGCACAGUCACGAGGGUCGUGAACAAUUUCACUCGGGCCUUCUGCCCUUUUCACUGUCUCCGAAUGAGGGAAAGUCCCCAAGGAAGCAAUUCGUCACGAAGGAUAGCAACAACAGUAGUAGUAGGAGUAGUUCAAAGAGAAAGGCAGUUGGAGUUAUUACCAUUACAGAUUCCCCGAAGCUGUUCAGGUCCGAUUUCAAAGUCCCUAAGUUGAAGCCUUCGGCAUCUCCAGAAAAUGUUUGA